UCACUGUACAGGACAAGAUGGGAUGUGACGCCUCGGGCCGCGGUGCAUUGUGGGCGUGGGUCUGACAGCGCUGCCUAGUCUUUCCAGUUCAUGCAGGAACCUGAGCACAGACAGUAGACAUAUUGCUGAGAGAUUCGCAUAGCACAUAAUCAAGAUGUCAAGCAGAGGUGGAAAAAAGAAGACCACCAAGACCUCAAGGUCUGCAAAGGCAGGCGUCAUCUUCCCAGUGGGAAGAAUGCUGCGUUACAUUAAGAAAGGACACCCUAAAUACAGAAUCGGAGUUGGUGCGCCUGUUUAUAUGGCUGCUGUGCUGGAGUAUCUAACUGCUGAAAUACUGGAAUUGGCUGGAAAUGCUGCUAGAGAUAAUAAAAAGGGAAGAGUCACCCCUAGGCACAUUCUGCUUGCAAUAGCCAAUGAUGAAGAACUGAAUCAACUGCUAAAAGGCGUCACAAUAGCAAGUGGUGGUGUAUUACCAAAUAUUCACCCUGAGCUGUUGGCAAAGAAGCGGGGAACCAAAGGAAAACUGGAAGCAAUUAUCACACCACCACCAGCUAAAAAAAACAAAACCACCUCACCAAAGAAGUCAACGGCAAAGAAGCCAGGUGCCAAAAAGGGGGUGAGGAAAUCCAAGAAAAAGCAAGGAGAAGCCAGUAAAGCGGCAAGUGCCGACAGCACAACCGAAGGAACCCCAGUCAAUGGAUUCACAAUCCUUUCCACCAAAAGUCUCUUCCUUGGACAAAAGUUGCAAGUUGUAAAGGCUGACAUUGCCACCCUCGAAAGUGAUGCUGUCGUUCAUCCGACAGGCUCUGACAUCUACACCGGUGGUGAAGUAGGCAGUGCCUUAGAGAAGAAAGGAGGGAAAGAGUUCAUGGAAGCUGUCACUGAACUGAAGAAAAAGAAUGGACCUUUAGAUAUAGCUGGAGCUGCAGUGAGCUCGGGUCAUGGAUUACCUGCAAAGUUUGUUAUCCAUUGCAACAGCCCAAGCUGGGGCUCUGAUAAGUGUGAAGAACUGCUGGAAAAGACAGUGAAGAACUGCUUGGCUUUGGCAGAGGAGAAAAAAAUCAAAUCAAUUGCGUUCCCUUCAAUUGGCAGUGGAAGAAAUGGCUUCCCGAAGCAGACCGCCGCGCAGGUUAUCCUGAAAGCGAUUUCCAACUACUUUGUGUCUACAAUGUCCUCUUCAAUCAAGACUGUGUAUUUUGUGCUUUUUGACAGUGAAAGCAUAGGCAUAUACGUGCAGGAAAUGGCAAAGCUAGAUGCCAACUAAGCCUUUGAAUCCAGCAAACCCCCUCCCACUCAACUCCACUCU